UCCCAUGCGCAAGGAAGAGAAUACAUUAUUUAUCUCUUCCUAAGUUGCUCACUGUUACUUCUAUCGUCUUCAUCUCAGCUAUCCCGCAGUUACCGCAGCUGCAGACUGCGGUUCUGAGCGACAACCAACUCUUAUUCCAUCUAUGUCCACAGUUCUCUCCGUUCCCCUCUCUUCUUCUCCAGAAAGUCUAGGCAAAAUUGGUCAAGCGAGCUCUUCCAACGUCUCUUUUCUCUCUAUACCUAGUCCUGGACAUCCCGCGGCCUCGAGAACGCCGGUUACCACACCGAUCUUAGGCUCUGGCGAGGAUGAGAUUCACUAUGCAUCUGGAAAGCGACUACCUUCUGCACCGCGACCCGCUGAAGACGCGCCAGAGUCUAAAGUUGGCCCACCCCCACCCUCACCACCAGCGAGCAUCGGAGGUGAGACCGAGAUCAUGGAGGAGGGGCGCACGCCAGAGUCCCCAAAGUCACAUACGCCGUCCUCAAACGGCCGCCCGAUAACAUUUGAGGAACCUCCGCGACAACCGCCCUCCCCACGCAAAGCCUCGCCAAGACUGCCGCCCAGCUUGGGACGGCGGUCGUCUGCCGACACAGAUGUCUCGCAGAAGCUCUCUCCCUCGGCUUCACCACGAAUCAUGCGUGCGCAAUCGGACGGCACCACCUCGCUCUCUCCGCCGAGUCCAGAAGAUGGCUUUCUUCAGCCACCCCUCCAUAACCCGUCUCGCCGAAACACGACAGGCUCUGCGAGCAUACUAUCAUCAUCCUCACGGCAUCCACCCACCCCACUGCUACAACAAUUCAGUCAUGACACACUUGAGGUUAACGACAACGAGUUGGGGGAGCUCGCGUCCGAUAUACAGCAACAGGCGGAGCAAAUUCGGAAGGAGCGGAUGUCGAAGCGGAAGGCGGCACAGGAGGCAGAGCAAGGGAAGCUGCGAGCCGAGCAGGGAGUGCACAGACUUGCUCGGACAACAUCCUUAGUGCGUGCGCUUUCCAAUCGCGGGGAUGAGAAGCCGGUAGUGGGAAAUCUCAUUGGCGAAGGGCACGUCAACUACGUGCUUAUGUUCAACAUGCUCACUGGCAUUCGCGUCGCCGUGUCACGAUGUCAAGCGAAGAUACGCCGCUCGUUGACAGACGAGGAUUACAAGGCUGCGCACAAGUACUCCUUCGAUUUCAUCGGUAACGAGCUGACGCCAUCGACGAGGUACGACUUCAAGUUCAAGGACUACGCGCCUUGGGUUUUCCGUGAACUACGCGAAGAUUACUUCCAACUUGAUCCCGCUGAUUAUCUACUUUCCCUGACUGCGAAGUAUAUCCUGUCGGAGCUAGGCUCGCCGGGCAAGUCUGGGUCUUUCUUCUACUUCUCUCGCGACUACCGCUUCAUCAUCAAGACUAUUCACCACAGUGAACACAAGUUCCUUCGCCGCAUUCUGAAGCAAUAUCAUGAACACGUCAAGCAGAAUCCGCACACCCUUUUGUCACGCUUCUACGGUUUGCAUCGUGUCAAGCUGCCGCGCGGCCGGAAGAUUCAUUUUGUGAUCAUGAACAAUCUCUUUCCGCCACACAAGGAUGUUCACGAGACAUACGAUCUCAAGGGUAGUACCGUCGGACGGGAGUACCCCGAGGUGAAGGCGGCGCAGAACCCGCGUGCGGUGCUCAAAGAUCUCAACUGGAUCAACCGCAGCAAGUCGCUUGAGCUGGGCCCGGAGAAGCGUGCGCUACUUACUGAGCAGAUACGACGAGAUGCGGAACUGCUCAAGAAGCUGCACGUGAUGGAUUACUCGCUACUCAUUGGCAUCCAUAACAUGGCGCGCGGAAACCGGGACAACGUGCGGCGGAACACGCUGAAGGUGUUCUCGCCGGACGUACCGAUCUUGCGACGGAAGCCGACGAUGGGGCAGAACAGCAAGGGGCCAUCGUCGCCGGAGGCAAUUGCAAUGCGGCGUCUGGUACGUGAAAGCGACCCGAAGGCGCUGGAUACGAGUCACGUCGCGCCCGACGCCAGCGAGCGGCAGCACUUUUUGUUCUACCAGGACGAUGGUGGCUUGCGGGCGACAGAUGAGACGAAUGAGAGCCUUGACACGAUCUAUUAUCUCGGUAUCAUCGACAUCCUGACGCCGUACAGCACGGUGAAGAAGCUGGAGCACUAUUGGAAGGGCUUUCAAGCUGACCGGCAUAAAAUUAGUCCCGUUCCGCCCGAGGAGUACGCUGACCGGUUCUUCGCGUUCAUGAAGGCCAUUAUGCGCGGUGGCGAGGGCGGUACGCGCUUCAAGUCAGAGUAAGACAUCAUCGCCGGACUAUUGUUUCGUAUUCGUGCUACUUCUUCCUUCGUCCCUUCCUUCAACAGAUAGCGUCGUCUGAUGGCCACUCUCCCGCUCACUCCCGCCGUUCUUUGUACGUUGCUUAGUAUACCCUUCACCGCUACACUCCAUGCUUGAUAAUCAGUUGCACGCCACGCUCCUUCGGAUGUAUUCAUCAAUGGACGGUUCACUAAUAUACUGAAGUCAG